AUGCUCUCCCUCAAAGCAACUACCGCACUUGCUUGCGGACUUCUCAUGGCUGUUACCACCGAGGCCAAACUCAAUUUCGGAAUGGACGCCAGCAGCAACUCCGUCAGGAUCAAUGCCCGUGGCGAGAAUCCGUGCGGUCACAAAGUCACUUUGAACAACGGCCAGACCUACAGUCUAGAAGGCUGUGGUGGUCAGCAGUUUAUCCUGAACGGCGAUGGAUCCUUCAACAUCUGA